UCAUCCUACAGUUUCCUCUUCCAAACGCAUCUUGAAUUACUCUUGGCAAACCACCAAGUGGUGAGACGCUGUAUACCUUGUUGAUGAGUGUGAAGUUACAACACUUCGAGGACCCGAGAAUUAAUUUUUCAAAACACUUGCUGAUGCAUCAGAUAGGAUAGAGGUUCUGUACGGUAUCUUCAGUGCCGUUGCUUGAGCCAGAUUAGAAAUCGGUGUGAGAAAAGAAGUCACUUCAGUUUCAAGGCCGUUUGGAUAAUAGAUGGGUCUAUCAUUCCAAACUAAUCAAAUCCAACACCAUAACUGCGCCACCAUCUUCCAAGGGCGGGGAACCUGGUCUAGACCCCAAGCUCCUGCCAAUAGUUCAUCACACUGUCAUCUUCCUCGCUUCGCAUAUUUUGAUUGACUGUGGUCGACGCACAAGGUUCUGGCACAUUACAUAGUCAAUAUAUGGCACGUUUGACUGUGUCACUACGGCCAUCCCGGUGGUUGGGCCAGAUGGUGACCUGACGGUACUCUGUAUCGACAGCUGCCAGGGGUACAUGAAUCUCCGGAUUACUUUCCAUAGCUCCGGCGUAUGAAAUUGGAAGUCUAAGGCGAGGAGAAGGUGCACGUGUAUGGCUGCAAAGUAUGAUGAGUGAAGACAGCUUAACGCUAGGAAGAACGAAGUUGCGAGCAGUGAACAACGUUCCAAUGGGAAUGGAUUCCACUCAACGGGGACAGAAUUUGCCGCCCUGGUCUUGCACCUAGUUAUCUUAUCUCGGCUUAUCUAAAGGUCUGGCGACCGCUGGUGGGGUUGCUUAAAGUUUGCUUGAAACUGCUCCCGCAACACACAGGCCUCGGACUGAUCGUAAGCGGAAAAAGUCCCGAGCUUUACUUCAUGGUCUUUAUUCCUUUCGCGCUUGAUAUCAUUGAAACCGUCUUCAACUCGCGUUGAUUGGAUAUUCUUCUCAUGGCAUUAUCCAACAAAGCGGAGAGAUCUCCUCCACUAUGGACCAUUCAACAGCUGCGAGACAUCUGAGGCAGACCUGCAGUAGUAUACAGGAACUUUUACCUUUCUGAGAUCUAGGUUCAAACUCUCUCCGGAAAAGUGAUGCUCAUAAGAUUUUUCUAGAAGAGUCUCCGUAUGGCUCCAGCAUCAGCACAAGUGUUUUUUUGAUCACCUCGGAUGGAAAAACGCUACAGCUCCCAAUCCCGUCCUCCUCGCCAAAAGACCCUCUCAAUUGGCACCCGGCAAAGCGCAGGAUUGUAUUGGGCAAUGUCUUCUUCUUUGCGAUGCUUGCCGUUAUGCAGCUUCAGAGCUUGGGUAUUCUUGUUCCAGUAAUGGCAGUCGAUUAUCUACCACAGGGAAUCUCAAUCCUUGCAUUCACACCAAUGGCCUCAAGUUCGCUGUUAUGCGUAGGGCUUUCUCAAUUUAUCUGGAUUCCAUUGUCCCUAGCUAUCGGAAGACGCCCAGUUUUCUUACUCGCAAAUAUUCUCCUAGCAGUGGGGUCUAUUUAUGCUGCUCUUUCGCCAAACUUCUACCACCAUGUUGCAGCACAGAGCUUACAGUCAGUUGCAUCGGGCUUUACAUUCUCUGCUCUCGGCUUGAUGCUGAUUGACCUUACUUUUAUUCAUGAACGAAUCAUAGUCCUAUCAAUUUUCUGGUCGCUAGGCGGGGCAAUAUCGAAUGCUCUCAUUGCAGUAGUACCGAAACUCGACAGCACAUUUCAUACUUGGCGGGGCUUUUACCACGUUCUAUUUCUACUUGCGUUAUUCUCAUCAGUCGUGGCGUUCUUCCUCUGUCCCGAGACCUACUUCCACCGGCCCCCGCUUGCGUUCGACGGGCGUGUUCUCGUUCAAUCAACCGCCGAAAGAGUAACAAUUUAUGAAAAUUGGAGGGGUGUUGGCAUGGACAAGGAACUGCCUGAGCUUCCGCUCACAUGUGCUGAGCGGAAGGUCAAUGAGUUGAAGGUCUGGGGACUGGAUAUACCGAAUAGGUGGAGCCGAAUGGGGGCAAUCUAUCCUCAAAUCCUCUUGCUUCUGCUCAACCCCUUGGUGUUCUGGGUCAUGAUACUCAACGCUCUUGCUACCACCGGUAUUCUGGCAUUCGAUCUCGGGUACGGAGUCCUGCUACUUUCUCCACCGUACAGUCUUUCGAUAGAUCAGGUAGCGCUGAUCAAGCUGGCUGGUGGGCUCGGCUCACUUGCUACUUUUCCUAUCACGGGCCUCCUAAAUCGCAAGAUUACAAGACGGCUAGCGACGAGGAAUGGUGGGAGACAGAGCGUCGAGCAUUAUUUACCUUCAUUUAUCCUUCCUGUGAUUACUGGUUUCCUAGCACAGUUCUUGUAUGGACUUGCUGCGCAGCGGCACUUACAUUAUGGCUGGAUAUUUACGGCCUAUGGAAUGAUGUAUUUCAGCUUUAUCUCUCUUUACACUUGCGUAAGCGCCUUGUGUGUGGUUGAUCUGUGGUAGAUUUACUGACUUUGCAACAGAAUAGCCUCUGGGCUGUGGAAGCA